CACUCCUGAGAGGAGUUCAGCUCUGAGAGGAGUAACAGCUCUGAGAGGAGUAACAGCUCUGAGGAGCGGAGAGUUCUGAGGAUUAUUGGGUUUAUUUUCUGUUACAUGGAGACUUUGAGGAGUGUACAGCUGGGGGUUCUUCUCGUUCUACUGCAGGUACUCUCCUCCAGCUUUGCUGAACAGACGCCAUGUUUAAACGGAUUUGAUUCAGAGGUUUUCACCUUUAAAGUGGACAGACCUUAUCUUCACAGAGGCAGGAAGCUGGGCAGAGUUCUCUUCAACGACUGUGCUGGUAGAGGAUAUAACAUUUACAGCUCAACUGACCAGCACUUUCAAGUGGAUAUUGAUGGCACCGUGGAACUGAAGACACAGCUUACUCUACAUGAAGUUCAAGAAUUCUCUGUCCAUGCCUGGGAUUUAGAGGGAAUGAGGUACACUGCGUCUGUGAGAGUGGAAAAUGUGGACAAAACCAACCAUCACUAUGCCCAGCUGGAAGAAUCUAAGAAUGUAAGCACAUCACAGAUGUGGCAGAAGAACUAGAAUGUCCUUUACUAGAUAAGUCCUGAAUUGGAGGACUUUCUGAUAUUUAGACCAGAAGAUGUUUGGCUUCCUUUGGCUCUGCACAGACCAAGUACCAGUUUUCCAGAAAUGUUUUAGUAUUUAGAUAAAUCUAAGAAAUUGAACUUUUAAAUGUGAGGCUCAAUCCAGCCCAACCCACAUACUCAGCUCUGCUGCUCAUCCCACAAAUACAUGUUCCUUACAAAUGUGGCACUGUUCUAACAGUAUAUAAAUUAUUGGCAAGAAGCAUUGUUACAACAAAGAAACAA